AGUGGGCUCCAGGUCGGGCAGUGAAAGUGGCAGCCGGUGUCCGCCGGGAGCCGAGCUGGGGUGGUCGCACCUGAACUAUUUCUCUACGUUUCCUCUCGAUCCUUCCAGAGUCUUCCAGGUCUAGGUAGUGAGGAAACGUCUCUACCGUCAUGGGGGGCGGAGAUCUGAAUCUGAAGAAGAGCUGGCACCCACAGACCCUCCGCAAUGUGGAGAAAGUGUGGAAGGCUGAGCAGAAGCAUGAGGCUGAGCGGAAGAAGAUUGAGGAGCUUCAGCGGGAGCUGCGGGAGGAGAGGGCCCGGGAAGAGAUGCAGCGCUACGCUGAGGAUGUCGGGGCUGUCAAGAAAAAAGAAGAAAAAUUGGACUGGAUGUACCAGGGUCCUGGUGGGAUGGUGAACCGUGAUGAGUACUUGCUGGGGCGCCCCAUUGACAAAUAUGUUUUCGAGAAGAUGGAGGAGAAGGAGGCAGGCUGUUCUUCUGAGACAGGACUCCUCCCAGGCUCUAUCUUUGCCCCGUCGGGUGCCAAUUCUCUUCUUGACAUGGCUAGCAAAAUCCGGGAGGACCCACUCUUCAUCAUCAGGAAGAAGGAGGAGGAGAAAAAAAGAGAAGUAUUGAAUAAUCCUGUGAAAAUGAAGAAAAUCAAAGAAUUGUUGCAAAUGAGUCUGGAAAAAAAGGACAAGAAGAAAAAGAAGGAGAAGAAAAAGAAGCACAAGAAACAUAAGCACAGGAGCUCAAGUAGUGAUCGUGGCAGCAGUGAGGAUGAACGCAACCGGGGGAGAUCUCAAAAGAAGAUGGCAAAUUCUUCCUCUGUUUUGUCCAAAGUUCCUGGAUAUGGCUUACAGAUCAGGGGCUCCGACCAUAGUCAGGGACUGCAGGGUCCUCUGAUGGCUGAGCCAAAGGGAGUGCACGGGUGGAAAAAUCACUCCAGGUCCAGAAGCUCCUCCCACUCACCUCCCAGACAUGCCAGCAGGAAGAGCACCAGAGAAGCAGGGUCCCGAGACAGGAGGUCUCGAUCCCCGGGCAGAAAGACACGGUCCCCAAGGCCAAGCAAACCGCACAACUCGAAGGUAAACAGGAAAGAGAGAGGCCGAACUAAAAGCCCAUCUCCUAAAAAAGAAGUCUACCAAAGGCGGCAUGCGCCUGGAUACACCAGAAAGCUCUCAUCAGAGGAACUAGAGCGAAAACGACAAGAGAUGAUGGAAAAUGCCAAGUGGCGGGAGGAGGAGAGACUGAACAUCCUCAAGAGGCAUGCUAAGGAUGACGAACGGGAGCAGCGGCUGGAGAAGCUCGACUCCCGGGAUGGGAAGUUUAUCCACCGCAUGAAGCUAGAAAGUGCAUCUACCUCCUCCCUAGAGGAUCGGGUAAAGCGGAACAUCUACUCUCUACAGAGAACCUCAGUAGCUCUGGAGAAGAACUUCAUGAAAAGAUGAAAACCAUCCCCCCUCUCUUCCUGGUUUUCCUGAAUCUCCCAGGGAAACUGCUGACCCCUUAAAAAUUCUCUUUAUAAGAGUUCACGUGACUUCUUCCACAGAUGUCAAACCACCACUGUUCAAAGUGACUCUCCUACAUCGAUUCCAGAAACAGCUACUUCUUUUGAGAACUAGUGUGACUUACUCUAUGGGACCCUCAGUAACUUCUGCUGGGUGCAGAGUGUGUUUUAACUGUUUGUAAUGGGUGGACACUGGACCGUGUAGAUGUGAGCGCUGCUCCUGCUCUGGAAGGCUGCUCCCUGUGGUCGUGAUUCUUAUUAUGCCACUUUCCUCCCACCUGUGUGAACAGACCUGCCCCACCGCUUCAGUAUAGAUCAGACCUUUUAGAAAACUCCGUCUCCAGAGUCAGUCACCCAGAUAGCUUGUGCUUACUGGGGUAAAUGAACAUUUACUCCAUUUAGUAGAUAUGUGACAGAAUGAUACCAGGUUAGGACAGAGCCAAGGGAAUGGCAAAGAAUCUGAAAGGGGAAACAAUAUAAAACAAUCCAUAAAUGAACUGUUGAACCAUUGGAGUAUCUUUAAAACUGUAAACGUAUAGUGUGUAUAUGUAUAAAUGUAUAAUUUUUAUAUGCUUUUAAAAAAGUUAGCUUUGUGAGAAUAUAUUGUUUGGUAAGUGACUUUACUAUGAAAUGGAAGCACAUUGUAUUUUGUAAUCGAGUAAUACAGUAAGGCAGUCAGCUUUUUUUUCCUCUGUGAAUACAGCUAGUUUAGCAGGGGCCUGAGUUUAUUAAAAAGAUCUAGGGUAUCCAUCCUUUUACAUUUCUUAGAGUCUUCAUGUAGGCAGUGCAGUGGUGAAGUCCAGUGAUUUUAGAAAUUAGGGCCAAAUUGCCAGUAUGCUCUCUGGCUCUUAAAAGCAAGUAAAAUGGAAGCUGUUUAUUUCAUGGCUUCCCUUUUAUCAUGUAGUUAUUACCAUUCUAGAUUUUCAGGAGUUGUUUGCUACUAUUUUUAGUCAGGUAUUAAAAAAAAAACUCCAAAACUGAUGGGACCAAUCUCUUGUCUUUCUCCUUUCCCUUCUCUGCUCUUUCACCAGAAGCCCUCAUUUGACACAUGAACUCCUCGGCUCUCUUGACUCACACAUUAGCUGCACUAGCUCCUUUUCUGCUAAUUCCUCAUUCUGCGUGAAACAAAUUUGAAUUUAUAUUUUUGAGCACUUAUGAUGCCAGGCACUGUAAUACUUAAAACCCAAUCUUUCCCCAGAGUGAAAGUAAUAUACACUUGUUAUUCAUUUAAUCACCCCAUCCUGCUCCCCUAUUUUAGGGUUAAUUAUGUCUUUUAUUAUAUUACUUGGUAAUAAAGACUACAUUUAUUUUUGUAACUUUAAA